UGCUGGUAGAUAUUGUAGAAAUGGAGAUUUAAUGCCAUUAUCCCAGUAAUCAUUUAGAUUUUGUUCACUAUAGAUUUGGCCAUUAUUUUCAGUUUGCCUUGUAUCAGAGGAAUUGGUUGUUCAAUAGUGGACAGUUUAGAGUUUUUUCAGUUUAAGAGUUACCUAAACCUUUAUUGGCCUUGAUUAGGAGGCAUAGUUUUGUAAGAUGACGAACAUCCCUAGGCUCAUUAUGCUCGAGUCUCUUCUAGUUGUAGCACUGUUAUGGUUCACUGCUAGUUUUCAGCUGGUUGAAAGUGACAGCCAAGAUGGAUGGAACUAUGCUCAUGCAACUUUCUAUGGAGUUUCAGAUGCUUCAGGCACAAUGGCUGGUGCUUGUGGAUAUGGGAAUUUGUAUGCACAAGGAUAUGGUCUGACUACAGCUGCAUUGAGUACUGCUCUGUUCAACAAUGGUGAGGCUUGUGGAGCAUGUUUUGAGCUGAGGUGUGUGGAUGACCCACAAUGGUGUCUUCCAGGGAGCCCUUCUGUGGUUGUCACAGCCACCAACUUCUGUCCUCCAAAUUAUGCCCUGCCUAAUGACAAUGGUGGGUGGUGUAAUCCACCCAGACCACAUUUUGACAUGGCCCAACCUGCUUUUGAAAUGAUUGGCAUUUGGAAGGCAGGGAUUGUGCCUGUCAAAUACAGAAGAGUCCCUUGUGUGAAGGAGGGAGGGAUCAGGUUUACUGUUAAUGGGAACUAUUACUUUUAUCUGAUCCUGAUAACAAAUGUGGGUGGAAAUGGAGAUGUGGUGGGUGUGAAGGUAAAGGGGUCUAAUACUGAUUGGUUUCCUUUAACAAGGAAUUGGGGACAAAACUGGCAAUGCACAACCAAUUUGAAGGGGCAGCCCCUGUCUUUUCAAAUUACAACCAGCAAUGGGCAGAGCAUUACUUCUUAUAAUGUUGCUCCUUCUAAUUGGGACUUUGGCCAGACCUUUGAAGGAAAUCAGUUCUAAAGCUCAUGGCAUGCUCUUAAAAAGGCUUGUGAAAACCCUCAUCGGUUUGAAAGCAUAUAUAUUAUAAGUAUAUACAUAUGUACAUGUGACUGCAGCAGAGGUGUGUCUAAUGCAGCCACCCGCUCAUAUACCCUUUCUGCAUAUAAAAAUACUAAGCUUGAUGUGCUGAGAGCUCUUUAAAUAAUAUAUCUAUGGAUUCUACAUAAACCUUUUAUGUUCAUUUUAAAA